AAAUGACAUGCACUUUCUUCAGUCGAGUCCCUUGCUCGUGAUGGAAGGAAAUGGCUGCCAGAGUAACAGAACAAGAGGACCGUCUCCGAUUUCAAAUAGAGCUUGAAUUCGUUCAGUGUCUUGCUAAUCCCAACUAUCUACACUUUCUGGCACAGCGAGGUUUCUUCAAGGAUCCAGCAUUUGUGAACUAUCUUAAGUACUUGCAGUACUGGAAAGACCCACCCUAUUCGAAGUAUCUCAAGUACCCACACUGCCUCCACUUUCUCGACCUGCUGCAGUACGAAUCGUUUCGCAAGGAGAUCGCAAACUUUCAGUGCGCCAAGUUCAUAGACGACCAGCAGCUGCUGCAGUGGCAGCACUACACGCGCAAGCGCAUCCGCCUGCUCAACCAGCAAGCCGAGACGAAUCAGCAGCAGCUUCAGCAGCAGAAGUGACCACGUACCCCCGCUGCCACGUAGACCCGGCAGGGAAACGAGACUGAUCAGUGAUCGUCACUUCGAUCAUCACAAAACAAUAAUUGUGCGA